AUGAAGGUCUUCUCGUUCGUCGCCACCACAGCCCUCGCCAUGCUCUGCUCGACAAACCACGCCGAUGCCACCACCACCGGCGGCGUCUGCUACGACCCGGCCCACGUCGACUCCGUGACGGAGGCCACCAUCUCCGCCGACUUCCAGACCAUCAAGGAGAAGGGCUUUGGCCUCGUGCGGACCUACGUCACCACCUACGGGUCCGCCGACAUGGCCACGCUCGCCAUCGCGCAGGGCCUCAACGUGUCGCUCGGCGUGCCCUUCGACAACGACGACCCGAGCGCCACGGCCGACAACGUCACGGUCGCCAUCUCGGCCGGCGCGCUCUCCAACGGCUCGGCCAGCGUCGUCCAGAUCUUCGUCGGCAACGAGAACCUGGCCUCCGUCGACGCCGUCCCGUCCGAGAUGCUCACCUACAUCAAGCAGCUGCAGGAGGCGCUGCCCAACGUGCCCAUCGGCACCGUGCAGCGCAACACCGAGAUGCUCGACUCGUCUCGCUACAGCGCCAUCUCGGGCCUCGCCGACCUCUUCACGGCCUGCGACGUCGUGGGGGUCAACAUUCAGCCCGUGUUCACCGCCAACACCGCCGCGACCGACGCCAUCACGCUCGUGUCCGACCAGUGGACGGAACUGCAGGGUAGCGACACCGAGUCGCGCUUCCCCGGCCUGGCCGACAAGCUCGCCAUCACCGAGACGGGAUGGCCCAGCGCCGGCUCCUCGGACGGCAACACGGGCUCCGUCGCGGGCGCCAAGCAGUUCUACUCCGACUACAUGACGUGGGCCGCCGAGAACCUGGACGCGUCCCGCAGCCACUACUUCCAGAUGUUCGACCUGCCCUCGCGCACCGACACGGUCUUCGAGGCGCACUUCGGCAUCUGCGACGAAGACGGCAACGAGAAGUUCACGCUGUAG